AUGGAUCAGGCAAUUAGAAUACCUGUAUUUAAACAAGGGAAAUGGAGUCCUGAAGAAGAUCAAGCUCUAAAGUCUGCAGUGGAUUAUUAUGGAGCACAAAAUUGAAAGGCAAUAGCGGAUGAGGUAGGUCAAAGGACUUCACAACAGUGCUUUGACAGGGAUAAUCAUGAAUAGUCCAAACUGUGGUAAAAUUACAGUAAAUUAACUAUAAAAAUGACUAAAAAAAAUUAAAUUAUUAACUGAAAUUUUACUCAGUGAGGUUUUUUAUGAUUAUCCUUUUACAGGUACAAGAGUUUGAAGCCAGGGCUAAUAAAAGGACCAUGGCAGCCAUAUGAAGAUAUAAUAUUCCAGUCUGUUUUUAAUGUUCGCCCACUUGCUGAAUACUAUUUUACAUUUAAAAUAGCUAUUAGCUCUCUAUAUGUAAAGCACGAAGUAUUGUAAAAUACAAUGUUACGCUUAGAGAAUGGGUUAAGUAUGAAGGCCCAACUGGUUGGUCAAGAUGCUCUCUAUGAAUUCCUGGACGUAGUGGCAAGCAAUGCCGCGAACGAUGAUCUACGAUGUUGAACCCAGGCCUAAUCAAGCGCAAUUGGACUCGUGAAGAGGAAUCCAUCCUUUUUGAAAUGUACAAAAAAUACGGUAAGCAAUGAUCAUUAAUUGCCAAAUCUCUUCCAGGCCGUUCAGUCGAUUCUGUUAGAAAGCACAUAUGGGAAAAUAAAAAGAAGCUGCAGAAUCAGCCCCCAGAGCCAGAUGAGGAGCUUUCCAUAGAUCCUGAUGUGUCUGAUUUACCUCUUAAAAAAAUUUUUAUUUCUAAAGAAAAUGGGUAGAUUAAAAUACCAAUUGUUUAUAUUUCAAUGGUCUAUAAAAUGAAUUGUCAAGCUAAAAUUUCAAUUUGUGAUUUAAAUAGAGAAUUAGAGCAAUUAGAAAUAAAGAUGGUAGAAUGCUCUAGUAAUUUCAUUAUAUAUAUAGGCUUAAAACACAAAAAGACAUAAAACCAUUUGCAAUUAAAUAAAAAUUAAGAUUAAGAUUAAGAUUACGAUAACUCUGUCUAACCCCCACUUAGCUUACUCCCCCCCCCCCCUCCGUGAGCGAACAAAACCAUUAGAAAAAUCGCCAUUUUUUGACCAAAAACCCACCCUCCGUGAGUGAACAAAAAUUUUUUUAAUAGAAAAAAUUUUAAUGGAAAAAAAUUUUGAUAUAUAAGUGAUAAUUAGUAUAAUGAAAUCUAGAGCUAAUUCUGUUUAAUUUUAAACAAAUUGCGUUUUAAAACAUAAAUUUUGCAAAUUAAAUUAAUAUUUGCUUCCCAAUUUUUGCAAAUUAGGAUUUUUUUAAAUUUCGAAAAAAAAUAUUUUUUAUAAAAUUUAUAUAUAAAUUUUUUUUAAAAAAAAAAAUUAACCCCCCUCCGUGAGCGAACAAAAUUUUUUUGUUUCGCUCACGGAGGGGGGGGGGGGAGUUAGGGUUUUAACUGUAAAGCUCCCCCUUCAUGAAUUCCAUCCUCUGGCGUACAGCUCUGAACAACGGUAGGUGGAAUCGGCCUAACCGUCGAACCGUUACAGACGCCUCUGGCCCGGACGAGUCUCUCUUUCUUUCUUGAACUGUAAUUGACAAUUUGGGGCUGCCGAAGCAGUCCCAAUGCUGAUUUCCUUCAGAAAGUCGGAACUUCCCUCACUAGGAAAAGGACUAGGGGAGUGAACCCCUAACCUAUGCCACCAUUUUUAAUUGUGUAAAUAAAAAUUAAAUCAUACCAUUUUUAUAGAGAAAUAUUAUGAAAAUACCAUCAAUUGUAUAUUCAUAUUUACCCAAGAAAAUGCAUCAGAAAAGCAGGGAUUUUAA